CGCGCGUGUCCAGUCGGUUGCAGCAAUCGCAGUCAAGACAGAGAGAGAGUGAGCUGCUGUGUGUGUGCUGUGUGUGUGCUGUGUGUGUGUGCUGCUGUGUGUGUGCUGUGUGUGGGGGUUGUGGUGUGUGCACCGUGCGCUCUGCAAGCUACCGCGUGAACGCGCACGCACACAGAGCGUGCGCACACAGAGUGAACACACAGAGAGAGAGAGGACACACACACAGAGAGGACACACACACAGAGUGAACACACACACACACAAAGACACACACACAGUGGACACACACAGAGUGAACACACACAGAGUGGACACACACACAGUGAACACACACAGUGAACACACACACACACAGUGAACACCCACAGAGUGGACACACACACACACAGACACACACAGAGACACACACAGAGUGAACACACACACACAGACACACACAUACACACACACAGAGUGAACACACACACACAGUGAACACACACACAGACACACAUACAGAGUGAACACACACAGACACACACAGAGACACACACAGAGUGAACACACACACACAGACACACACAGAGACACACACAGAGUGGACACACACACAGACACAAAGACUAAGAGACAUACACACAUAGACACAUAGAUACAGGCAUAAAGACACACACAUAGAUAUUUGGCAACACAGAUAAGAGACACAUUGACACACACAAUACACACACACGCGCGCAGAUAUUUGGGCACGUAGACUCAGACAGAAAGACAAGCACAUCGAUUAGUGUGCACAUGGACACGAACACACAUAGACACACGCGCUCACACAGAGACAUUGAAAUCGACACGAGGAUUGCUACUGCCACGCACAUGUGAACAUAGACACAGAGACACACGCACAGAGACAUCACGCACAGAGACACACGCACAGAGACACACGCACAUGUGAACAUAGACACAGAGACACACGCACAGAGACACACGCACAGAGACAUCACGCACAGAGACACACGCACAGAGACAUCACGCACAGAGACACACGCACAUAGACAUCACGCACAGACACAUCACGCACAUAGACACAGAGACACACGCACAUAGACACAGAGACACACGCACAGAGACACACGCACAGAGACACACGCACAGAGACAUCACGCACAUAGACACACGCACAAAGACAUCACGCACAGAGACACACGCACAUAGACACAGAGACACACGCACAGAGACACACGCACAGAGACAUCACGCACAGAGAUACACGCACAAAGACAUCACGCACAGAGACACACGCACAAAGACAUCACGCACAGAGACACACGCACAUAGACACAGAGACACACGCACAGAGACACAGAGACAUCACGCACAGAGACAUCACGCACAGAGACACACGCACAGACACAUCACGCACAUAGACACACGCACAGAGACAUCACGCACAGACACAUCACGCACAGAGACACACGCACAGAGACAUCACGCACAGAGACACACGCACAUAGACAUCGCCGAGUUGACGAGGUGCUCCAGUCACGAGUACAUAGACAAAUCAUCCAUAGACACAUGACGACAGCGUGGCCUGGCUGUCAUUCCUACGCAUAGCACGCGGACAGCCACCCGCGGCAGAUAGACAGACAGACAGACAAGGCUUCGCCCAUCGACGAAGAGUCGGCGUCUCUGUGUCUCCGUGUCUCGGCCGUGUCUCCACGAUGCCUGGGAAGACAGCCAAGAGGAGCCAGCUGACGGCGCCGCUCCUGGUCUCCGUGUGUGCCGCGGUGCUCAGCUCCUUCGAGUUCGGCUACAACAUCGGCGUGACGAACGCUCCCGAGCAGAUAAUCCGCAGUUUCUACAAUGCCACGUGGAUGGGUCGCCACGGCGUGGCCAUGCCGCACUCGUCGCUCACUGCCGUCUGGGCUCUCUCCGUCGCCAUCUUCGCCGUGGGCGGCAUGGUGAGCGCCCUCAUGGUGGGGGCGCUCACCUCCAAAUACAGCAGGCGUAACUGCCUCAUGGCCAACAACGCGCUGGCGCUGCUGGGCGGGACCCUCAUGGCCAUUUCCAAGGCGGCCUCCUCCUACGAGACGCUCGUCGCAGGCCGACUCAUCGUGGGCCUCUACUGCGGUCUCUCCACGGGCCUGGUCCCCAUGUACAUCGGGGAGCUGUCCCCCACCGAGCUGCGGGGGGCUCUGGGCACCCUGCACCAGCUCGCCGUCGUCAUCGGCAUCCUCUUCGCUCAGGUGCUGGGCAUGGAGUCGCUGCUGGGCUCCGAGUCGCUGUGGCCGCUGCUGCUCGGCUUCACGAUGGUGCCCUCGGUGGCGCAGCUCGCCGUGCUGCCCUUCUGCCCCAAGAGCCCUCGCUACCUCCUCAUCAACGAGGGCCUCGACAAGGAGGCGCGACAAGUGCUGGUGCGUCUCCGCGGCACGGGCGACGUGGAGCGCGACAUGCAGGAGAUGCGCGAGGAGCAGCGGCAGAUGCAGCGCGAGGAGAGCGUCUCGGUGCUGUCGCUGCUGCGCUCGCGCGCCUACCGCCAGCCGCUGGUCGUGUCCGUCGUGCUGCACCUGUCUCAGCAGUUCUCCGGCAUCAACGCCAUCUUCUUCUACUCCACGAGCAUCUUCACCAACGCCGGCGUGCCCAACCCCGUCUACGCCACCAUCGGCGCCGGCGCUGUCAACGUCGCCUUCACCGUCGUGUCGCUGUUCCUGGUGGAGCGUGCCGGGCGCCGCACGCUGCACCUCGUCGGCCUGGCAGGGAUGGGCGUCUGCGCCAUCGUCAUGACCAUCGCGCUCAGCCUGCAGAAAACCCUGGUGUGGAUGUCGUACGUGAGCAUCGUGGCGAUCUUCGGCUUCGUGGCGCUCUUUGAGAUCGGGCCGGGCCCCAUCCCGUGGUUCAUCGUGGCCGAGCUCUUCUCGCAGGGCCCGCGGCCCGCCGCCAUCGCCAUCGCAGGCUGCGUCAACUGGACGGCCAACUUCCUCGUCAGCAUGUGCUUCCAGUACAUCGAGGACCUCACGGGCCCCUACGUGUUCGUGAUCUUCGUGGUGCUGCUCGCCCUCUUCUGCCUCUUCACGUACUUCAAGGUGCCCGAGACGAAGGGCCGCAGCUUCGAGGAGAUCGCCGCCGCCUUCGGGGGCAACGCCGCCACCGCCGCCGGCGGCACGCGGCCCCACGACAAGGAGGAGGCCCACGGCCUGCAGUCUGAGUCUCAAGUCUAGCGGACUCACUCGCUCGCUCGCUCAGUCACUCGCUCGCUCAGUCACACACUCGCUCAGUCACUCGCUCAGUCACACACUCGCUCGCUCAGUCACUCGCUCGCUCAGUCACACACUCACUCACUCGCUCAGUCACACACUUGCU